GUCUCUAUCGAUUCUCAUUAUAGCGAUAGGCAAUCGAUAGGAUGUAGGUAGGUUAGGUCGGAGGGGCAGCGGAGGAGAAAACAGGAAACUCAUAAUCAUAUGUAUCUGGUAAUCUAGCUUCGAUCAGUAUGUCUAUAUGUGAGAAACUUAUAGUGAUACACACAGUCACACACGGUGUACGGCUAAUUUGGAAAUGAAGUGUUACGUGUGAUAAUCGCGUUAAAGUGAACGUAAGUGGAGGUUACACAUCGUAUUUUCUUACUACGAUAGAAUACAGGGGAUACCGUAAAAGUAUAGCAUGCCGCAGUUUCAUAAGAUCGAGAUCAACAGGACGGAAUGGGAGGUACCGAAGCGAUACCAAUUGCUUACUCCCGUAGGUUCAGGUGCUUACGGUCAAGUCUGUUCGGCUGUCGACACAACUACCGGGCAAAAAGUGGCAAUCAAAAAGUUAGCCAGGCCAUUUCAGUCAGCUGUACAUGCAAAACGCACAUACAGGGAGCUACGUAUGCUAAAACACAUGAAUCAUGAAAAUGUGAUAGGAUUGUUAGAUGUAUUUCAUCCGUCUGUAUCUUUGGAAGAUUUUCAACAUGUGUAUCUAGUCACACAUCUGAUGGGCGCUGACCUCAACAAUAUUGUCAGAACACAAAAACUUUCUGAUGACCAUGUGCAAUUUCUUGUCUAUCAAAUACUUCGUGGCUUAAAGUAUAUCCACUCUGCUGGAAUUAUACAUAGGGAUUUGAAACCAUCUAACAUAGCGGUCAAUGAGGAUUGCGAAUUAAAAAUAUUGGACUUUGGCUUGGCCAGGCCUACAGAAAAUGAGAUGACUGGUUAUGUUGCUACUAGGUGGUAUAGAGCACCCGAAAUUAUGCUUAAUUGGAUGCAUUAUAAUCAAACAGUUGACAUUUGGUCAGUAGGAUGCAUUAUGGCCGAGCUGUUAACUGGAAGAACACUAUUUCCUGGAACAGAUCACAUUGAUCACCUAACACGAGUGUUAGUACUCUGUGGCACACCCACAGAGGAAACAUUAAGCAAAAUUACUAGUCAAGAGGCCAGAAAUUAUAUUCAGAGUUUACCGCCACUGAAGAAAAAAAACUUUAAAGAUGUAUUUCGUGGAGCUAAUCCUUUAGCUAUUGAUUUGUUGGAAUUGAUGUUGGAAUUGGAUGCAGAAAAAAGGAUCACUGCUGAACAAGCUUUAGCACAUCCAUAUCUUGCACAAUAUGCAGAUCCAACUGAUGAACCUGUUUCUCUACCAUAUGAUCAAAGUUUUGAGGAUAUGGACUUACCAGUCGAAAAAUGGAAAGAACUUGUAUACCAUGAAGUUGUGAACUUUGUUCCACAGCAGCUACCCACAUUGUCUUCAACAAUUGAAACGACUUCUUAAAAAUACAUUUAGCAAGAGUCAUAUGGAUUUAAAUACAGUAAGAUAUGAUAGAGAUUAACACAGAAUAAAUAAUAUCGUGAAUAAGAUACACAUACAUAUAUAUACACACACACACAUAAUUGUUCUAUACAAAAACCACAAUGUACAUAAUUUAUAUAUAACAUUUCGUUAGUUAUUCGAGUUUUGUCUAUCCAGAGGAUAGUAUGUAUAUUUUUGUUGAAAGAGAAAACAAAACACAUUUGUUGUUUAAUCUGAUUAUUAAUUGAAUAUCGAUUUAUCAAUAAUGCUUAUUUUUACACAACAAUAUGUUUGUGUAUAAAUUUUUUUAGUUAUUUUAUCAAAUAUCAUCUCUUAGUCCAGGAAGAGAAAUUGCACGCAAUAAAAUUAAUUUAUCAUAAAAUAUAUAUAUAUGAUUGAAUAUAUCAUAUAUAAAUUAUGAUGAACUUGCCAUAUGAUACAGUAAAAUUAUGUAGUACUGAUUAUAGUAGCUUUAGGUUUAAAUGUACAUUAGUAAUAUAACAAUUCUAAUGCUUGUCAUUUUUUUAAUGAUGCUAUUAAAUUUAAAAGAUAGGAGCGAAAUAUUUUCCUAUUUAAGCCGCCUCAACUUAAUAAAACGACCAAUAUUUAUGAAACUAGGAUUAAAAAAUUGUAAUUGCCAGUAAAGAAAACAAAAAUUGUAACAAUAAAAUCAAAAUAAAUGUACAACGACUAGACAUUAUAACAAAUUAAGAAUUGCAUACUUGCAAAGGAUAUUGUUAUAAAAAAUUGUAGAAGAAUUUACAGAUAGAUAUUUACGGACAAUUUAUAUUUAUAUACUUCUAUAGUAUGUGAUAUAUGUGAGAAGAAAAUAUGUAUAAGGACAUACAUAUCUGGAAUAAGUUAAUGAAACUUAAUACGAUCUCCUCUCAGAAGACUUUCAUUUAUUUUUAAUCAUUAUGUGUCAUUCAUUUUUUUUCCAUGUCUUCUAAAUUUUUGUGUAUUUGUAAUCAAACAAUACAAUGAAUAAGCUUGCUAUAACAUUUGUAACAUAUUCUGCAUUGGUACACAUCUUCCAAGAAAUAUCAGCUUAAUAAUUAAUCUAAGAGCAAAAUGACCAGUAUUUGAAUAUAUAUUUUGACAUAAAUAGUAUUGUGGUUGGAAAGGUUAAUUAACCUAUUUGAUUUAACAUAAAUUAUAUUCCUUAAUAAUGCCAAAUGUAUGGACUGGGGAAGAUACUGAAAAAUUAAUAGCACUCUAUGGGCAAUAUCAGUGUUUGUGGAAUCCAUUUCACCCUGAAUUCAAUAGCACAUUGUCACGUUAUAAAGCAUACAAGAAAAUAAAAAAUUCCAUUAAUAUCCCUGGAUUAACGAUAUGUGAUUGCAUUGAGAGAAUUACAAAUGUAAAAAAAGAAUACUGUUAUGAACUAUCAAAAAUCACCGCAGCUAUAUUUUGUGAAAAAUUGUAUGCACCAAAAGCAGAAUGGUUUAAAAGAAUGCAUGUACUCUUUUUUCCAUAUAUGCCGACAUCUUUUUAUAAUGAUUUUAAAAAGGUAUAUGAUGUAAUACAAAACAAACAAUUAUUUAAGGAAUUGUUACAGCCUUGAUUGCUAUAUUUAUAUAAUAUUGUAAUAGUGAUUAUAAAAUCAUAAAUAACAAUCUCUUAUAAAAUCAA